GCCACAAGAGUUAAAGAAAUUCAACUGCCGUCGGUGAGACUGUCCACAAUGGAUUGCCUUCCGCUCUGUCUACCAGAAUUCCAUAAAGUGUCCUAUGGAAAAGUUGGCCAGUAUCGAAGAUUCCACCAACCCAGAAAGAAAAAUAGCUCUUUAAAAAGGAAAGGGAUUGAAAGAUGGCACAGGGCUGUGUCUACCAAUUUAGUAAAGCAAAAUGUGUUGGUCCCCAAGGAGGAGUCAUCCAGUGAAAGCGAUCCAGGAUUUCAGGAAAACCAACAAAAUCUGAGAAAACCCUUGAUGAAGAGAGUGAAGACAGCUUUGGGGAGGAUGUUGCCCUGCAAGUGUAGAGGCAAGGCAGCGGGGACCAGCCGGAAGGAGGCCCUCCUUCCAAACAUGCACAGCCUUCUCCCUAGAAUCACCAAGGAGCCUCCAUCACCCAUGUUAUUCACCAAACCAAAGAUGAGAAAGCUCUCACAGAAUGCAACUAUUCAGCUGGAUGUGAUGGAAGCAGAGGCAGAGGAGAUAAGUGGAGGGAGUACCCUCCUCCGGGCCAGGAGAACCACCAAGAGGUUAUCUGUGACAUCUCUUCCUUCAGGAUUGCAAAAGGCACCAUAUUUAUCAAAAAAGAGACCACAUUUUCCAGCAUUAAAGAGAAAGAAACGUGGCACAGAAAACAUCCUUCCCAAAUCCGAUUUGACAGUCCGAAAGCUUCAAAUGCAGGUGGAUGAUCUCAUCGAAGCAGUAACUGAUAAGUCCAUGAAGCUCCUGGCUCAAAGAUAUGCUGAGCUCCAACAAUGUGAGUUUCUAGGGGAUGAAAUUCUUCAGUCUUCUAAGCAAUUUCAGAGGAUAUCCAAGAGAACCAUGAGGAAGUAUAAACUGAAAAGUGUCUGUUUUCCAUGUACCUGCUGCUGCUUCUGAUUGUGUUCCUCUCUGGAUAAAAGUCCCCUGUAGGGAUUCUUCUCUUGGCGCAGAGUCCUGAAUAAAUCUGUGUGAAUUAAUCAACGGAGUACAUUUUAAAAGAACAUUUGUUCAACAGUUCUUUUAAAAAAAAAGAAAAGAGCUUUUGUGGGGGAAAAGAAGAACUUUUUUGAUUCUGAGCUUGCAGGAGCAAAUUGUACUUUAUAAUUCUUAUUAUUAAUGGAAAAUAAAAUCCAUUUACAGGAUAUAGCAAUUCUCUAAAAAAAAAUUCUCCUAUGACUUGUUAGGUGAGGUUAGAAAAAGUACUUAAACAUGUCAUAACACUUUUAAUAUGACUACUAAUGAGCUAAUUUUACAUUUUCAUCUUGAAAGAUAAAAGUUCAUAUUAAGAUUACAAAAUGUGUGGGUGCCAGUGGCUCACACCUGUAAUCCUAGCUACUCAGAAGGCUGAGAUCUGAGGAUCACAGUUUAAAGCCAGCCUGGGCAAGAAAGUCUGUGAGAC